CUGAGCGCCCCGCCGCGCCGAGCCGAGCCGCCUGCGAGUCUUUUUCACGGAGUUUGAAGAACUCGGAACGUACUUGCCGGCUGUCCGCUGCUCCCCUGUGGCAUCUCACUUUCAGCUUUCGGCUUAACUGAAAUCUGCAAAAAUUCUCUGCUGCAAGAAAACGGGGGUGAUGUCAUCAGAAGAUGAUGCUGGCGGGGAGGCUCCUGGGGGCAGUUUCUGGGAGGCUGGAAACUACAGACGGACAGUGAAGCGUGUGGAUGAUGGGUACCGCCUCUGCAAUGACUUAAUCUCCUGCUUCCAGGAGCGAGCCAAGAUAGAGAAGAACUAUGCCCAGCAGCUAACAGAGUGGUCCCGUAAGUGGAGGACCAAUGUGGAGAAAGGUCCACAGUAUGGUACUCUGGAGAAAGCCUGGCAUGCCUUCCUGACAGCUGCAGACAAACUGAGUGAAAUUCACUUAGCUGUCCGGAACCACCUGGCUGGCGAAGACUCAGAUAAGAUCAAGGCCUGGCAGAAGGAUGCCUACCACAAGCAGAUGAUUGGAGGCUUCAAGGAGACAAAGGAGGCAGAGGAUGGGUUCCGCAAGGCCCAGAAACCCUGGGUGAAGAAGAUGAAAGAUGUGGAGACUUCUAAGAAAAACUAUCAUGCAGCCCGGAAGGAGGAGAAAACAGCCCAUACAAGGGAGAACCAUGCCAAGGCAGACUCAUCUGUCUCUCAGGAACAGCUGCGCAAGUUGCAGGAGCGUGUAGAGAAGUGUACUCAGGAGGCUGAGAAGUGCAAGGAUCAAUAUGAGAAGAUGCUGGAAGAGCUGAAUCGUUACAAUCCCCGCUACAUGGAGGACAUGGAGCAAGUGUUUGAGGGCUGUCAGGAAUCAGAGCGCAAGCGAUUGUGUUUCUUUAAGGAGAUGUUCCUGAAUCUGCACCAGCAUCUCAACCUCUCCACCAGUGAAAGCUUUCAUGCAUUGUAUAGAGAUCUCUACCAAGUCAUCAUGGCUGCGGAUAACCAGGAGGACCUGAAGUGGUGGCGCAACACUCAUGGACCAGGCAUGGCGAUGAACUGGCCUCAGUUUGAGGAAUGGUCCCUUGAAACACAGCGGCCAAUCACCAAGAAGGAGAAGAGUGGCAAGAUGGCUGAUGAUGUCACGCUGACCAGCAUUUUGCCUACACGGGAUGGUGUUGUCUCACAGACCCCUCUGCAGACGAGGCAAAGCGGAGGGAAGGAAGACGUUUCGGAGUGGUCAGAUGAGGACACUCCCAAGAAGUGCCUGGAUGCCAACGGGCACGAGGAGGACAUAAAGGUACCAGGUGUACGGGUACGAGCGCUGUAUGAUUACACAGGACAGGAGGCUGAUGAGCUGAGCUUUAAAGCAGGUGAAGAACUAAUGAAGAUCAGUGAGGAAGAUGAGCAGGGCUGGUGCAAGGGCCGACUUCUCACUGGCCAAGUUGGACUCUAUCCUGCUAACUAUGUUGAGAAGGUUGGAUCAUGAUUGCUGCUGCCCUGCUAGUGUCUCACAGCCAUACCAGCAUCUCCUGCAAGAGGUCACUGGGUCACUGCUGGCCCCAAUCCACCUCUGCAGCAUACCCAGCAACUUCUGGACUUUGAGGGCACGUAUUCCAUGUAACUAAUGCUUCAUUUUAAAAACCUAGACCUGUAGGGAUUUUCUAAUAAAUAAACAAGGAUGAGUAAAGAC